AUCGUACCAUUGCACUGCAGCCUGGGCAACAAGAGCAAAACUCCAUCUCAAAGAAAAAAAAAAUUGUCUAAAUAUUGUCCAAGGCAGCUCCGGACCGGCACCCCUCCUUCUGACUCGCAGUUCCCUAGGGCUGCACGUGAGGGCUGGCCUGUGUGUGCAGCCCCCAGAGCCGAAUGCCUGCCCUGCUGAGCGGGGCCUGAGCCCAGCGGCGCAAGCCCUGGGCCUGGGUCUCACUUCUUUCUCCUCCUCUGCCCCCGGCCGUCCUGGCACCCAGCCCAGCCCCUGAAGGGACUACCGGGCAUUUGACUAUGGAAGUGGCUGGCCUGCACGCCUGCUCCAGGCCCCGACCUCCUGGAUGAGCACAGGCCAGCUCCUGUUGUGGGGUCUGGGGGCAAGGGCGAGGCUUCCCAGAGGCCUCUGGGACCAGGGUCAGGGUGGGCCUGCGGGUCGGGGGUGCAGCACGGAGCCCCCGGCCCGGCCCCGCAGCCAGAGACAGCCACUCCUGAAGGGGCCUUUCUCUGAGUCGGGUGCGGCAGGAGCCCCCGCCUGCCCAGCCUCGCUGCCGGCGCCUCUCGGCUGGCGGCCACAGCCCUGAUGUUGCUUUAAUAAAACAAAGUUUUUCUUUCGUGCGCGGCCUCCAGUGGUGAAAGGGCCGAUUUACUGAGCUGGAGCCCCCUCCCAGCGCCCCGCCCGCCCGCCCGCCCUGUGGUGGCGCUGGCCUGGCCGCGGGUAAUUUAUAGCCUCAACUUAGCACACUCGCCCGGGCCAGGGCGGCAUGACUGGGGCCCUUUAUCCCAGCCCCGGGGCCGGGGCGGCUCAAGGCUCCAUUCACGGCCGCAGCAUGCUCCCGCCCGGCCACGUUCCUCAUGCAGGCAUUUGGAAGCCCCGCGGCACCCGGUGGGUGAAGACAAGCUGUGCUGUUUGUGCCUUGGCUGCGGCCGCUCUCCCACACCCCCGUGGCCCGGCCCCUCCCGGCCCGGCCUCUGCUUUGACAGUGGCCCGGCCACCAGUCCACAGGUGAGGAGACAGACCGAGGCCACGGCAGAGGCGGUGGAGUUUUUCUCUCUGUUCAGGGGGACCCAGGUUUCCUCCAAGGACACGAUGGCUUGAGUGGAGGCCCAGGAAACAUGGUGCUGUCUGCGACUCCCAGGCCGAGGCGUGUGCACUUCAGGCCAGGCAUCUCUGCCCUCUGAGUGGCAGCUUUCGUGCUCUUUGAGCGGCCAGUGCGUGUGGGACCCCCGUUAAGGCCACCCCCACCCCAGGACCGCCACCCAAGGGGGGAUGGGGAAGGGGUGAGGUGUCCGAACCGGAGCCAGGCCUCCUGGGAGUGGGAGAGACCUCUGCUAGAGGAUGGGGGUUGGGGGUCCUAGUGACCCACAGCUCGGGGGACCUGUACGGCGUGUGCUGUCAGGCUGUCACUUCUGGUGCAGGCCUCAGUGCCGGCAUCCCUCAGAGGUCCACCAGGGCAGCCCCUGGCCCCACCCACCCUGCAUGGGUUCUCGCAGGCUCACAGGCGCCCAGGCGGGCACACACGCAGCUGCCCACACUCACACACACACCUCGCACCAGACACACGCAGCGCACUCAGUGUCUGUGCUGGGCAGGGUAACAGGCAUCCUGACUGGACUUCGUGAACUCAGCACCCUGCCCCUCCCUGCCUCAGGGACUUACAGCUCUGUCUAUCCUUCCAGCUGCCCAGGCCUAGCCUCUCCUGCUCCUGGUUGCCCAUCCAGCUGCCAGGGCACCCUGCGAGACGAGGCCUUCUCCAUACCCUCCUGGGCCAUGGCAGGGGCUCCUCCCACCCCUCCUUGUGCUGCCCUGGCUCCCCUCCUGCCAGGUCUAGACCCCUGCAGGUCGCGAUGGGCACACUGUCCUCUGUUCGGCACCCUCCUGUUUCCCUGGCUUGGGCUUCCAAGGGAAGAGGCAGCAGAACAGAGAAGGCCCGUCUUCUGCCCUCUGCCCUGGCUCAUGGAAGGGGGGCCUCUCGUGUCCUGGAGUCUGCCCCUCUCCCACCCAGUACUGUGCCUGCUGGGGUCAGGGGGCGCAGGCAGAGGAAGCGGGUCCUCAACGGGAGCCUGGGACCUCGGGGGCAAGUGCAGGAGCCCUCUCUGGGCCUCCAUCUCUUUGGCAUGGACCUUGAGGGCUGCUGUGAGCUGUGCUGGGGUGAGGGCUGGCACUCCCCGAGUCUCCCCAGCAUGGACAGGCUCAGCCUGCUUGCCUCCUGGAAGGGUCUGUUCACUUCCAGACCCUGGCCUUGGGUGCCAUCUGUGGAUGCCCCAAGGGCUCUGACUGCACCCUUCUACCGGCUCCCUGAUUUCCCUACUGGGUCCCUGUACCUGUUCCUGAUUCCUGCACUGGGUCCCUAGACGUCUAGCCCCUCCACAAACAAGGUUUAACGGACUCAGGGGCCUGCUGAGGUCCCACGCAAGUCUGAGGCCUUGAGGGAGGGUGAGGGGUGGAGGGUCAGGGGAGGCAGGGGUUCUCCCUCAGGGUUCCUUUCACUCAAGAUGCCACACCCUUCGUCCUGUGCCACCCAGCUCCAGACCCGGGGUCGACCACUUAUGCCAAGGAGCCUGAGACUCCAGCCCAUGCCCAGCCAGUCAGAGGUCUCUGUGAGGGGCCGGGUGCAGAGCCCCACUGAGCGGGCACCCUGGGGCCCCCACGUGAAGGAGUGCAGGGUCCCACACGUCAGACAGCUGGUCAGGCCAGAGUUCGGCUCCUCCAAGGUCAGAAAUCGGGAAAAUUGAGCAUGCAGAGGGAAGUGACAGUG